CUGCGGUAGAAGGCUCUGCGGAGAGCCGCGCCUUAUCGACCUGCUUUCAGGACGGUGCUCCGCAGCCUGUGUGGAUCUGUGGAAGCUCGGAGUGGAACGGCCCAGCAGGCACCGUGACUCCGUGUGUGGGGAUCCACAAUGACGAGUUGUCGCUAUGCCUGCAGCUGUAGUUGUGGUCCCAAAGUGGAAGACGGCAAGUGGUAUGGGGUUCGCUCCUAUCUGCACCUCUUCUACGAGGACUGUGCGGGCACUGCCCUCAACGAUGACCCCGAGGGGCCGCCCCUGCUGUACCCCCGCCAACCCUGGCCGUCACUGUGCUGGAAGAUCACCCUGUCGUCGGGAACGCUGUUUCUGCUGCUGGGUUUGGCUGCCCUAACCAUGGGCUAUGCGGUGCCUCCCAAGCUGGAGGGCAUUGAAGACGGAGAGUUCCUGGUACUAGACCGACGGGCAGUCGACUACAACCACACCCUCCUCACCUGUCGCCUGGCGGGCAUUGUGCUCUGCAUGGCGGCCGGGAUCCUGCUGACCUACUGCCUGGCCAGGGCCAUGGCCAGCUGGCAAGGCCAGGACUACAAGGCUGCACUCUUGGACACCGAAGCUGAAGGUCAGGUGGAGGUCUUCGAGGACGAGCCCGAGCAGCACUUCUCCCCGGUCUUUCUCGACGACGGCGGGCAGUCUUGGCUCUCACCCUCCACCAGCCUGUUUGGACAAUCCUUCGUGCAGACCAUCCAGCCCCGGCGGGACUCCUGA